AUGAUUGACCCUCGUCCAUUUCACAUCGUGAGUUAUGGUACCCUCCUGGGUGUCCAACUCUACCAGUCAGCUCUGCCAGUCCUAGUAGCCCUGACCGCCAGCAAGAACGCAAAGCCCAUUGGGGUAUCUGGGCUUCUGAAUGCGGAGAACUGCUGCAAGACACUUCUUCCCUUGGCCGUGACCGCGGUUGCUGGGCUGAUCAAUAUGUUUGUGCUGCGUCCGCUCACCGUCAAUACCAUGAUAGAGAGAAACCACCAGGAAACCCGCGAUGGCAAGAAGAGCUACGACCCUGCUCCCCACUCCAAGGAAAUGCAAGCUCUGAACAAGAAGUUUGCUCGUAUUCAUGGAAUAUCUAGCCUGCUAAACUUGGUGUGUCUUGGUGCUACGAUCUACUAUGGCGUUGUCCUCAGCAAGAGACUGGCCUAA